CCCCACCAGCCUUGGGAACCCGUCGACCAUAUUCGACAUUGCGAACACAUUCAACCACUUUUCCACGACUUACGAAAGCUACAAACAUCGCAAAGCACGACACCUUAAUCAACAAAACACGAAUUCCAUCCUCGAUCGAUCGCAACUGCAACACCCAUGUCCCGAGACAACAGCGGCGACUGGGCGUCGCAGGCCCAGGUUGAGCCCCAUCAGCUCGAGGGCGGCCAUGCAGUGCCCUACUGGGACAAGAGCUGGUGGGAAGAGUACCGCCGAGCCAGGAGCAUCAGAGAAAGAAACGAGAUCAUCACCAAGCUCGUCGACCAGAUGCCCGUCAAGUGGGACACGCUUCCGCAGCUGCCCUUCUGGGCCCCUUUGUUCAACGUCACCCAAGGCCAGUACAAGGUGGACGUGGGCCAGAGGCUCAUGGCCACGUCCUUCCUAUUGGGCCACCAGCAGCUGGACCGGGAGGAUAUCGACCUUGUCGCCUACGCCGCCGCCAAGCGCUCUGUCACCAAUGCGUACGCCCGACCCGCCAUAGCCCUCGGCGCGGGUGUCUGCUGGGCUGUUGGAUACAACAAGUACAACUUCCCUUUCUGGAAGCCAAAACCGGCAUCCUUCAACCCCGAAAUCUUCCCGAGUAAGAGAUUCACCCUCGCCACCGGACCCCGGGCUACUUUGGCCUGGCAAGGCGCCCGCAUUGCCGCCUGGUAUGUCACCUGGAGAAUUUUCGGUGGCUGGAUCGCGGAUGCGUAUGCCGAGACCGUCUUCUCAGCGACAUUGAUGCGGAACAAGGCAUUCAAACAGAAGAUGGUCGAGGCGGGACAAGCGAUGAAGGCGAAGGGCAUUCCUCACGAGAGGCCCGAACUGAGGGACGCUUAUUCAGUUGAGCACGCGCCGGACGAUGGCCACCAGGAAGAUCAACAACAACUACCACAGCAGGCGCAAACACCAUACUACCAGCGAAUUCAGCAGCACCAACAGGAGCAGAAACAACAACACCAGGUGCAACAGCAGCAGCAGCAGCAGACACAACAAUCCACUUAUAACCAUGACGACGACGAUUACCUCUACGAUGACGCCUCCCCCGUAGCGCCAACCGCCAGAGGAACGGGUACCAUCAGCUCGCCCGUCAGCCAGACCUCCGGCUCCGCAUGGGAUAGACUUCGACAGCAAGCAAAGGGGGGCCCCGCGCAAGCACCUGGAAGCACGACUGCAACCACACCUGCCACCUACGUCAAGCCUUCCCAGUCCCCUUCGUGGGCGGAGCGCCGUGCGGCUGCCGCAGGCCGCGGCGAGGGACUCUCGUAUUCCUACUCGGAGACCGACCAGGAGAGGGCUCUGGCCAAGGAGCAGGCGCAAAGGGAGUUUGAUGCCAUGUUGGAGAGGGAGAGGAGGGGCGAUGGCAGCAGCCGCGGACGUGGGUUCUAGAGAAGUGAGUGAGCGAGUGAGUGAAUGGUGAAUAUGUAAGAGCGGCUAAAUGUGUACAUAUAAUAUCCUGAUUGGUACAUGGGGAUGUUUGCCUUCUCGCAUGCUUUAAGCCUGCUUGCUUACCUGAGCCAGGGGAGUUUUGGUGUUUUGAUGGCUUUCGCAUCGUCAGGAGC